AUGGCGCUCUGCAACAUGCGACUGGCUGAGGAGAGAAAACAGUGGCGAAAAGACCAUCCUUUUGGUUUCUGGGCAAGACCUGCUAAGCGAUCCGAUGGAGUCAUGGACCUCAAGACCUGGGAAUGCGGCAUUCCCGGCAAGGAGAAGACCAUGUGGGAGGGUGGCGUCUUCAAGAUGACCAUGACCUUCCCAGAUGGCAAGUUCACGCCGCCGCUAUUCCACCCCAACGUCUAUCCCUCGGGCACCGUCUGCCUGUCAAUUCUGAACGAGGAGGAAGGCUGGAAGCCCGCCAUCACGGUCAAACAGAUCGCGCUUGGUGUCCAAGAUCUGCUCGACAACCCCAAUCCCGAGUCGCCCGCACAAGCCGAAGCCUACAACCUCUUCAAGAAGGACAAGGUGGAGUACGAGCGACGAGUUCGCCGCGUGGUUCGGGAGAAUGCACCCUAG